CUGGGGUAAUGAAAAAAAAAUUGGAUGCUGAUAUCUGAGGACUAAUUAAAUUUAUGCGAGCUCAUCUUAUCCAUCUACAACUACAACUAAUUACUAUCUACAGUAUUUGAGAAAAUGGAUAUAACGAGUGGAUCCAGUAGUGUGUUCAAGCCCGCGGAUUAUGCUAAAGUGCCGGAUCUGAAAGUGAGCACGAACAUAUUGUUCAAUGUAAUUCAUAUUGAGAAUAUCGCCGUAUCCAGGUUAAGUCAAUUAGAAGAUUGGAGAGAGUAUGAAGAUCCUAGUAAGAUUGCUGUAGAUAGAAUUAAUCAAUCAAGGAGAAUUAUUCGUGAAAUACUGUUAGAGGAUGAUCAAAGUUCAAUGAUAUAUCAACCAAUAGAAACUUAUAAGCUAUUGCUACGAGAUUUUUCAAAUAAUUACUGUUACGCGUAUGAGAAGGAACCGCUUCGAUUCCUUCGUGAAUCACAAUCACAGACUAGAACUUUAACUCCACUAAAAAUCCAAUUAGGUGGUAGACUUCGAGUAUUAUCUGGUGCUAAAGUUAUUAAUGGAGUUAUAUAUCUUGAUAAUGGUCAUUGUCAAUAUUUAGGAUUACAAAAUCAAGAUCAAGAUUUAAUAGACAAUUUAAAUACUGGUCUAGUACUACGAAAUAUUGAAAUAUUAAGAGCUGAAUUAGAUAGUUAA